CUCCAGCGGCCCACCAAACCUGCCUUGAUUGAGUAAAUGGAUGGAUAAUUAUGUAUUUUAUUAUUGUUCCCUUCUGCACAUCUGUUUAUCUUUUUAUUUCUAUAUUAUUAUGUUUUGUUAGUUUUAUGACUCUUUCUGCUUUGGUAAGACGUGUGGAUAUCUGACACUGUGACAGACAGAGACAGGUGGGGGUGAAAAUGAAGCCCCUGGAGAGCACAGCUAUCUAUAUCCGUCAGGCUGAUGUGUGACCCCCUGUGAUCAGAGGCAGAGACCAACAAAGGAGCCACACAGAGAUGCAGGUCAGUCGAGUGGAAGACGCGGGUUGAGCCACAAGGGAGAGAGAAAAAGAAAAAGCUGCUGUUUGCUGGAACAUCUCAGUAGAUGUUAGGGUUUGUGGACGCAAAUAUCAUGGAGAAAACUGUGAAUAUUAAGGAGGAGGACUGUGAGUGGGAGUCCAUCUACCUUAAACAGGAAAGUCUGAGCAUCAAGGAGGAGGACAGUGAACUGCAGCCAGUGGGCAUUAAAGAAGAACAUGAAGAGAAAUCUGUCAGUAUUGAGACACAUAACCGUACAAAGCUGGACAGUGUAAAAGAAGACAACCAUCAUGAUGGGUGUCAAGAUGGAGUGGUGACCAGGUUAGACUCUUCUCAGAGCAGACACUGUUCAUCUCCAGAGCCUUCUAUCAAUGUGAAGUCUGAAUCAUUAGAGUCUGAACCAAAGAGGGCUGUGGAAACUACAUCUGUUAGAGCUCAGAAAAAUAAGCGACCACCUUCAAAGAAGUCUGGAAAAAGAAAGAAAGAUCACUGCUGUGUGGAAUGUGGCAGAGAAUUCCCUAAAAAGAGUGCUCUUCAGAAACACAUGAGAGAUCACACGGAAGAGAAGACCUAUUGUUGUAAUGAAUGUGGUAAACAGUUUUCAGACAUGCGCAAUCUUCAGAGACACACUAGAGUUCACACCGGAGAGAAGCCAUAUUGCUGUAGUGAAUGUGGCAAACAGUUUUCACAUAUGAACAGUCUGAAGGACCACACUAGAGUUCACACCGGAGAGAAGCCAUAUUGCUGUAAUGAAUGUGGCAAACAGUUUUCACAUAUGAGCUAUCUGAAGGACCACUCUAGAGUUCACACCGGAGAGAAGCCAUAUUGCUGUAAUGAAUGUGGUAAACAGUUUUCACAUAUGAGCAAACUGAAGGACCACACUAGAGUUCACACCGGAGAGAAGCCAUAUUGCUGUAAUGAAUGUGGUAAACAGUUUUCACAAAAACACCGUCUUGAGGUACACACGAGAGUUCACACUGGAGAGAAGCCAUAUUGCUGUAAUGAAUGUGGUAAACAGUUUUCACAGAGCAUCAUUCUUCAGAGACACACAAAAGUUCACAACAGAAUAAAAACAGUAGCAGUUCAAAAAUCAGUCCAGAAAAACCAAGAACCUUUCAGGACUUAAGAAUGAGGUUCAAUCAUGUCCUGAAAAGUAAGCAACUAAACUAUUGUUAAGAAAUGAAUCUCAAAGAGAAGACAUAUUGCUGUUUGGAACGUGGCAAACAAAUCUGUCAGUGCAGUACACUUCAGAGACGCACCAGAAUUCCCACCGGAGAGAAGUACAACUGAACUGUCCUGACUAAAGAGUGAGGUUCACUCCUGCCUGCACAGUAAGCACAUGUAACUGACACAAAUCCAUCCUACUUAGUGUUGUGUCAAAAACAAAUCAACAUGGAGGAGACAUAGAAGUUUACAUCCUUUUUCCUUUUCCACAAACAAAAGAAAGAACAGGGCUCUCACCAAAGCCCCUACAGCCUCCACCAUGUGCCUAAUUUUGUUUUUAUAACAUACAUAUUACAUAUAGAACUAUUUACAAUAUAUUAUACACAUUUCAUCAGAAAAAAGAUAAAAAAAACACUUUACAAUAAUCAAAUCAAAAUCAAAUUAGAAAAGACUUUUAGAGAACAGACUUACCUGUACAGCAUCCACCAUCGCCUGAAGGUGCCUGCCGUCUGUGGGGAGUCACAUUAAUUAGCAUGCGUACUCUAAAAUAUGACACUAAGUUUACACAAACAAUUGCUUUUUGGAAAAUUCAUAACUGAAAGAUACAAAAAAAAUUAAAAAGACAGAAUUCACUUUGCUACACAUAUUACAGUACUGGAUGUGGCCAACAAUUCUCACAAAUCGGAAUCUUCUGGGCCACAAAGAAUUCAGACUGGGUGCCACCUCCAGAGGUGGACUUCGUUGGAGAAGAUCUACACCGGGGGCUAUCAACGCUUUGUCAUGGCAUACCACCCAAAAAAUAUAAUUGUUAUAAAAUACCUGCAUUUUUAUUUUGGUGUUAAAUUGUUAAUUACUGAAUUGUUAUGUUAAA